AUGGCUUCUUCUUCCGCCUCUGUCGUUUACCCAAUACCCCCACUACCAAACAAGCGAGACCACGGCGCGACUGGCGGAGACCUCAUCGUCACCUACCACUCCGACUUGGCCCAAUGCGAGAUCCUGCCAACCGGCUCCCGCUACACAAGCGCGGGAAACUUCAAAGCCGGGACCUUCCUCCCAUUCAUCCAACCCACCUUCAUCCACGACCUCUAUCCACGGCUCCUUAGCACCGAAGAUGAAGAGAGCUCGGGGCUGCCAGUGAUACUCUCCAUGUUUAACACAGAACCGAAAGCAACAACACUGGAAGAGGAUUGGGAGAAAAAAUGGUUCACCAUAGCCGCCCGACUUUUCCCGAACAAACUUGCCUUCGAAGGCGUAGCAGUCAACGGAUGGGAGACAGACGAUCCCCAAUCCGUGAAGGUUACCCUCGCAAUGCCGCGUGAUGGUGGCACAUCAGCACGUGUGUCCCUUACCGGCCCCGUCGAUCUGGAUACAUUCCAUCUCGUGGACACAGCCUGGCCGGAACCACCCACCAAGGCUGCAGUGUUUGUCAAGCUGGCCUCGUAUUUGCAGCCGGAGAACGACUGCCCCCCUCACAAAGGUAUCCACGUCUGCCACGUCCUCCUCAUCUUCCCCAUUGAACAACAACCGUGGAAGUCGUUAGCCGGCUGGAUGCGAACAGCUGUCAACCCAUUUCCAAGAGGAUCCUGGAUCGCAUGCAACGGUCGCCUCCUAGGAGUUCUAGAUCGAAACCUCAUCCAAGGCCCUCAGCUCAUCGACACAAGCGUUCGCAUCCCAGUCAUUCUCCCAGACGACUGGGAGUCUAUUCGACAAAGCAGCUUAACCGCUCACAACACGACACCCUUACGACUUAGCACAAUACCUACAACACCACGCUCAACCGGUCCGCAAGGAAUCACGAGCUGGAACCCAUUCUCCUCGCCCGUUGGCGGCCAAAACACGUUGACAAAUAAACAGAAAAACCCGGCACGGCCCCGGAAGCAUCCGGAUAAUGAGGCAACCGAGCCAUCGGCCAUCCUUGACGCACCAUCGAACUCAACCACAACCAACGCCGAGCCAGUGCUUACAAUUCCAAGCUCAGCAGCACCAAUCCCCGACGCCGUUCUCCGCGCCGUGCACGCCUCCGACCAGGCCAUGUACCCCGUAGCGCUGCCCUACGCGCGGCUGCGCGCCUGGGUCGAUGCCUGUCCCGACCUGUCGGUGUGCUUCUUCCGUGCGGGCGUGGGCGAUGGCGAUCAGGGUUCGUCGGCGCUGGGUGGUGGUGGUGGUGGGCCGGUUGGGGGGGCUGGGGCGGUUGGGGCGGCUGCUGUGGAGGGGAUGGCGCCCGUGGUGGGGGUGGUUGUUGUGUUACCGUUGCGGAGGAGGUGCUGGGCGGAUUUGUUGGGGGGUAGACUGAAGGAGGUGGAUGUUGAGCCGGGGAGUGCGUUUGCGGGGGAUGGGUCUGGGGAGGAGGAGGUGGGGUUGCAUGUUUAUCAUAUUGAGAGGUUUGAUGCUGGAGGUGUGGGAGCUGAGAAGAAAAGGUUUUGUGAGCUUGCUUUGGAGGAGGUGAUGAGGAGGGCACAGGCUCGGAGGGGCUGGAAAGUGGUGGGGAUGUCAGGUGCGUUGGACGGAGCUGGCGAGGGUGAUGGCGGCCGUGCUGACAUUCAUUCAUUCACAGCGCUCACUGCGACGCCGGCCGGGAAGAGGGCGUUUGGGAGACUCGGUUUCACGCCGACAGGCUACACGGAGUUGUUUGUCCUGAAGACGUCACAGCAAACAUCACAAAGCGACAUGGGUAAGGGGCUGUUGGAGAUGGUGUGCCUCUACCCAGGCGACGACAGUCAAACUGCCAAGCUACCUGGUGCCGGUGACAUUGUCUCGGCGUCUGAGAUGACUGUAAAUUACAACGUGCUGCCCGGCGCGGCCCGCACUUGA